GAGGAAAAUAAAUAUGUCCAUAACGGUUUUGGCGUCUGUUAACAGGCUGAAGCCUCUUCACAGACUGCAGAGGAUCCAGGGUCACAUGAUGUUGAGUGUCGCUGAACCAGAGGUGCUCCUGGAGAAAGUGGGCGGAGCCGGCGUGAUYACCAUGAACAGACCCAAAGUCCUCAACGCCCUCAACCUGACCAUGAUCCGACAAAUCUACCCUCAGCUGAAGAAAUGGGAGAAGGACGACGAGACGGACAUUGUGAUAAUUAAAGGAACGGGAGGAAAAGCUUUUUGUGCGGGUGGAGACAUCAGAGCCGUCACAGAAGCAGGGAAGGCUGGUGGUUCUCUGGCUCAGGACUUUUUUAGAGAGGAAUACAUCCUGAACAACACUAUAGGAGCCUACAGGAAGCCUUUUAUCGCUAUUAUUGAUGGUAUAACAAUGGGAGGGGGCUUUUCCCCGACGUGGGAGGUGGCUACUUCCUGCCGAGGCUCCGGGGGAAGCUGGGGCUGUUUCUGGCUUUGACGGGUUUCCGGUUGAAGGGGCGGGACGUACAGAGAGCUGGGGUCGCCACUCACUUCGUUGAGUCUAAGAAGAUCCCAGACCUGGAGAAGGAGCUGGUGGACCUGAAGUGUCCCAAAGACGCAGACGUCUCCAAACUGCUGGAGGUUUUCCAGAACCAGAGCAGCCUGGACUCUGAUAAACCUUUUGUUUUGGACAAACACAUUUCUGACAUCGACAGGCUGUUCAGCUCUGACAGUGUGGAGGGGAUCGUGCAGAACCUGAAGGCAGACGGUUCAGAGUUUGCCACCAAACAAGCUGAGAUUCUGUCCAAAAUGUCUCCGACGUCCCUGAAGUUGACCUUCAAGCAGCUGCAGCUGGGUGGAACCAUGAGCCUGCAGGACGUGUUGGUGAUGGAGUACCGACUGAGCCAGGCCUGCAUGAGAGGCCAUGAUUUCUACGAGGGCGUACGAGCCGUCCUGGUCGACAGAGACCAGAACCCCAAGUGGAACCCGUCGGUGCUGGCCGAGGUUUCGGACCGGMGCAUCGAGGAGAGUUUCUCCUCGCUGGGAGAGAAGGACCUGAAGUUCUGACGUCCGACACGUGUCGGUAGGCCUUCCCACCUCCUGCUCUCUUGUCCUUUCAGAGGACUAACGCUCCAGAUCUUACAGGAAACAUUAGACCGUUUUCCUGCAACGCGAGAAAGAAAAGACAAAUAUUCGUUGAUGGAGAAUUUUCUGACUGUGGCUCAUCGUUACCAUGAGGACACGGGAGGGGGAAAUGAUCUCAACACUGAGUGCUCCAUUAUGUUUCCCGUGGGUGUUUGUUGACGCGACACGGAUCAGUAUCAUCUGUAUUUCUGCAGUAGAUAAUGGGUUUUCUCUUUGUUUUGUUCUUUGUGAAAUUUUAGAUGAGGAUUUUAAAAACGGCGUUGACUCAGUCGAGACAAAACCUGUAUUAGUAUUAUUCUGAAAUGUGUUUUUUUAUAUUUGUUUGUUUCUGAUGGACUCCCAUAGGAAUGAAAUCACUUCCCCAAAACAUUAGAUCUACAUUUCUGCAUUAUUUAUGAGACGCUAAGAGUCAGAUUAGUGCAGAACAGAAUAAAGAGAAAAACUUUAGAAAACUACA